AUGAUAGAACAAUUAGGUCCACCUACACUAUUCUUUACUCUAAGCUCGGCUAAUACAAAAUGGCCUGACCUGCAUAAGUUGUUCCCAAAAACACAGUCAAAUACUGUGCACCACAACAGAAUGCAAUUUAUUGAGAAUUUAGUCAAUAACCCACAUAUAACAACUUUAUACUUGCACUUAAGAUUUCAGAUAUUUCGUGAUGAAGUCAUUGUCAAACAGUUGCAUGCCACUGACCACUGGUACAGAUAUGAAUGGCAACACCGAGGCUCUGCCCAUAUUCAUGGCUUUCUUUGGCUGCCACAAGCACCUAAUAUUGACAACCUUGAUUCGUCGAACCAUGAAAGCAUUCAAUCAGUAAAAAACUUAUUUGACCAGUACAUCACAACAUGGAAUCCACGCACUGAAGUGGACCACUUAAACAAGCAAUAUAUACCUGCAAUUUCAAAUCCAUGUCUUUCAAAUACAGGUGUAAUUUCUAGAUCUGAGCCUUGCACUGAUUACACUGAAUUAGUGAAUGUUGUUCAAUGCCAUAUGAAGUGUCUAGAGUAUACUUGCUUGAAAAAAAACUCAACACUUAAAUGUCGAUACAAAGCACAUUGGCCUGAACAACAUGACUCAUCAUUGACUUUAGACCAUAAUAAUAACCCAUCAUACAAGCCAGCAAGGAAUGAUAGUCGCCUCAAUGUUCACAACCCAAUGAUGCUCGCCAUAUGGAGGGCUAAUGUUGACUGUCAGGCAAUAUGCUCCAAAAAGGCAAUUCUCCAAUAUAUCUCAAAAUACGUAUCGAAAACUGAACAUAAAUCAGAAAGCUAUAUUGACAUAUUAAAAAGAAUUGUUGGAUUAAUAAAUUCAGAAGAUACAAUUCUCUUAGCAUAUCAUAGAUUCAUGAUGGGAAUUGUUGCUGAUAGGGACAUUAGUACUCAAGAAACUUGCCACAUGUUGCUUAAACUCCCCUUGAUCUCUUGCACACGUCAGUUUGUGAACCUCAAUGUUGGAAAAAAAAUCUUCCAACUGUAA